GAACGUCGAGAUGGAGCCCAACUCACUCCAGUGGGUCGGCUCACCGUGUGGCUUGCACGGACCUUACAUUUUCUACAAGGCUUUUCAAUUCCACCUUGAAGGCAGACCAAGAAUUUUGUCCCUUGGCGACUUUUUCUUUGUAAGAUGUACGCCAAAGGAUCCGAUUUGCAUCGCGGAGCUCCAGCUGUUAUGGGAAGAACGGACCAGCCGGCAACUUUUAUCCAGCUCUAAACUUUAUUUCCUUCCCGAAGACACUCCCCAGGGCAGAAAUAGCGACCAUGGCGAGGAUGAAGUCAUUGCUGUUUCCGAAAAGGUGAUUGUGAAGCUUGAAGACCUUGUCAAGUGGGUACAUUCUGAUUUUUCCAAGUGGAGAUGUGGCCUCCGUGCUGGGCCAGUAAAAGCUGAGGCUUUGGGGAAAAAUGGACAGAAGGAAGCUCUGCUGAAGUACAGACAGUCAACUCUCAACAGCGGACUCAACUUCAAAGAUGUGCUCAAGGAAAAGGCUGACCUUGGGGAGGACGAGGAGGAAACGAACGUGAUCGUUCUCAGCUACCCUCAAUACUGCCGGUACCGCUCUAUGCUGAAGCGCAUCCAAGAUAAGCCAUCUUCCAUUUUAACGGACCAGUUCGCCUUGGCCCUGGGGGGUAUCGCCGUGGUCAGCAGGAACCCCCAGAUCCUGUACUGUCGAGACACCUUUGAUCACCCCACUCUAAUAGAAAAUGAGAGUAUAUGCGAUGAGUUUGCGCCAAACCUUAAAGGCAGACCACGCAAAAAGAAACCUUGCCCCCAAAGAAGAGACUCAUUCAGUGGAGCUAAGGAUUCCAACAAUAAUUCCGAUGGUAAAGCUGUUGCCAAGGUAAAAUGUGAGGCCAGGUCAGCCUUGACCAAGCCGAAGAAUAACCAUAAUAACUGUAAAAAAGUCUCCAAUGAAGAAAAACCAAAGCUGGCCAUUGGUGAAGAGUGCAGGGCAGAUGAACAGGCCUUCCUGGUGGCACUUUAUAAAUACAUGAAAGAAAGGAAAACACCCAUAGAAAGAAUACCCUAUUUAGGUUUUAAACAGAUUAACCUUUGGACUAUGUUUCAAGCUGCUCAAAAACUGGGAGGAUAUGAAACAAUAACAGCCCGCCGUCAGUGGAAACAUAUUUAUGACGAAUUGGGGGGUAACCCUGGUAGCACCAGUGCCGCCACCUGUACCCGGAGACAUUAUGAAAGAUUAAUCCUCCCAUAUGAAAGGUUUAUUAAGGGAGAGGAAGAUAAGCCCUUGCCUCCAAUCAAACCUCGGAAACAGGAGAACAGUUCACAGGAAAAUGAGAAUAAAACAAAAGUAUCAGGAGCCAAACGCAUCAAACAUGAAAUUUCAAAGAGCAAGAAAGAAAAAGAGAAUGCCCCAAAGCCCCAGGAUACGUUGGAGGUGUCAUCAGAACAAGAGAAAGAACAUGAGACUUUAAACCCGAAAAGUGUCACCGAGCCUCUCCCGGUAGCAGACAUAAAGAAAAAAACGGAGGGGUUCCAGGAUUUUACACCAAGACCCCUGGUGGCCCGAGCAGACCCAGGGAAAGACGGUGAAGCUGACCAAGGUUCCAGCAGUGAGAAGGAAGCCGAGGAGGUGGGCGAGAAGGGCUCUGCACCCCCGCUCCCCAGCACAUCCCUCGCCCCUGAAAGGGAUCCACCCCCAGCACCUGCGGUCGGCAAACCACCCCUCUCCUCUGCCAGUGCCCUGGUGGACUCAAAACAAGAAGCCAAACCUUGCUGUUUGGCAGAGAACCCCGACAGUGACCUCCAAGACACAUCCUUUUCCAGCUUCCCUGCCACGCAGCCAUCACUGGCAAGCCAGAAUGAGGUAGAAGAUGACAAGCUUCCCGCCAUGGCCGAUUACAUUGCCAACUGCACUGUGAAAGUAGACCAGCUGGGCAGUGACGACAUCCACAAUGCACUGAAGCAGACCCCCAAGGUCCUUGUGGUCCAGUCAUUUGACAUGUUCAAGGACAAAGACCUGACUGGACCCAUGAAUGAGAACCAUGGACUCAAUUACACACCCCUGCUCUACUCCAGGGGCAACCCCGGCAUUAUGUCCCCGUUGGCCAAGAAAAAGCUUUUGUCUCAAGUGAGCGGGGCCAGCCUCUCCAGCAGCUAUCCCUAUGGCUCCCCACCUCCUCUGAUCAGCAAAAAGAAGCUGAUCCCCAGGGAUGACUUAUGUUCUGGUUUGUCCCCGGCCCACCACAGCCAAAGCACUGACCAUAUGGCGGUCAGCCGGCCAUCCGUGAUUCAGCACGUCCAGAGCUUCAAAAGCAAGCCCUCAGAGGACAGAAAGAGCAUCAACGAUAUCUUUAAGCACGACAAACUGAGUCGAUCAGAUGCCCACCGCUGCAGUUUCUCCAAGCAUCACCUGAGCUCCUUGGCUGACUCCUAUGUCCUGAAGCAAGAAAUUCAGGAGGGCAAGGAGAAACUAUUAGACAAGAGGGCACUCCCUCAUUCCCACAUGCCUAGCUUCCUGGCAGACUUCUACUCGUCUCCACACCUCCACAGCCUCUACCGUCACACUGAGCACCAUCUUCAUAACGAGCAGGCUUCCAAGUACCCCUCUUCCAGGGACAUGUACAGGGAAUCGGAGAAUGGUUCUUUUCCUUCUCAUAAACACCAGGAAAAGCUCCAUGUAAAUUAUCUCGCUUCUCUACAUCUGCAAGACAAGAAGUUGACCUCUGCAGAAGCCCCUACAGAUGAUCAGCCCACGGAUUUGAGCCUUCCCAAGAACCCACACAAACCAACUGGCAAAGUCCUGGGCCUGGCUCACUCGGCCACAGGACCCCAGGAUAACAAAGGCAGCUCCCAGUUCCAAGUCAUCAGCAGUCAGAGCCGAGACUGUCACCCUAAAGCCUGCAGGGUAUCUCCUAUGACCAUGUCAGCCCCUAAAAAAUACGCUGAAUCGCUUUCAAGAUCGGGCAAACCUCACCACGUGAGACUGGAGAAUUUCCGAAAGAUGGAAGGUAUGGUCCAUCCUAUCCUGCAUCGGAAAAUGAGUCCUCAGAACAUAGGGGCAGCACGUCCCAUCAAGCGCAGCUUGGAGGAUUUGGACCUGGUGAUUGCUGGGAAAAAGGCCCGGGCUGUGUCUCCUCUGGACCCGUCCAAGGAAAUGUCCGGGAAAGAGAAGGCCUCUGAGCAGGAGAGUGAGGGCAGCAAGGCAGCCUAUGGUGGGCAUUCAGGGGGUGGAUCGGAAGGCCACAAGCUUCCCCUCUCUUCCCCUAUCUUCCCAGGUCUGUAUUCUGGGAACCUGUGCAGCUCAAGCCUCAAUUCCCGGCUUCCAGCUGGAUAUUCUCAUUCUCUGCAGUACUUGAAAAACCAGACUGUGCUUUCUCCACUCAUGCAGCCCCUGGCUUUCCACUCGCUUGUGAUGCAAAGAGGAAUUUUUACAUCGCCCACAAAUUCUCAGCAGCUCUAUAGACACUUGGCUGCAGCCACACCUGUGGGAAGUUCAUACGGGGACCUUUUGCACAACAGCAUCUACCCUUUAGCUGCUAUCAAUCCUCAAGCUGCCUUUCCAUCUUCCCAGCUGUCAUCCGUACAUCCUAGUACAAAACUGUAAGGCCUGCUCUGCCCAGAAUCUCCAAAUGGCCAGCCUAGUGGUAUAGCUUCACACCGAAUCCUGGGGUGAUAGCUUGCAGAGUUAGAAGUUAGUAUUCCUUCUAAUCUAGGUGGGGGCAUAUGAUUAGUCCCCAGCCAUAGAGGCCAAGAGGGGACGUGAACCUGCCUGAUUUUUCUGGGACGACGGCAGCCUGGCUGAUCAGUCUUGAUCCCCACCCAACACGGAUGCCCUGGUACCUCUAGAUCAUUUGUUUUUUUUUUUGCAUCUGGGUCUUUCUGAGGGGAUUUAUAUAUAUCCAGAAAGAAAUUAAGGGACCCCCUCCCCAUCUGAGUUUGGAUGAUCAGGAAACAACCUGGGCAAAAACAGGAGCAGGCUUUUCAAAUGGAGGGGCGGGAAAGAGACUGGCAGAACAUAGCCAAGGGUUGCCCCUCUUUCCAUAAACCUCUCCACGUUCAAUCAAUGCAAUGUAUAGAGAAACUUCAGUAGAUCUUUCAUUUUUGACACUAUUAAACAAUCCAGAGAAGUAAACACUGUUAAAUUAACUGUAUAUAUUUGCUUCUUCAAUCCACCAAUAUCAUUGUUUGCUCACCUAAUUUAUAUACAGGUAGUUCAAUUUUUCUCCCUGUUCCUCUUGUUCCCCUUCACCACUCCUUUACCCUUUUUCCCCCUUUUUUUAAUUAAACAUUAUCACCUUUGUUUUAAGGUCCUUUGUUUUUGUUUUAGCUUUAGGUUUUUGUUUGUUUGUUUGUUUUAAAAGCUGACUGACUUUCCAAGUUGUUGAUGUGUGUGUAUAAUUUUUUCACAUCUUACCAUUUUGAGCAGCUUUGGGUGGUCAAGUUAUUGUUUACAAAUUGAAGCAACUGAGUCUAGUGGAACAAAUGAAAACGAAACAAUCGGGCACGCAGUGGUGCAAAGAAGGUUCUGUUUUUGCAAACCUGCAACUGGCGGGUUUUGUUCCUCAUAAACGGCAGAGUUGAAAGAGUGUACACACUGCUUACCCAGCCAAAUGCUUUGCUUUGAAGUAUUGGGUUAUGUGAAAAUAUCAAGCAUUGUACUAACCUUAUCUAGGCUGUGAAACUGUCCUGCAUACCAGAGGAAUCAUAAAAAACCAAAACCUUACUGGCAGCAAACUACCGAAUAACAACAGAAUCUAGAAGACAUACUUAUGGGCUGCACAGAUAUUUUAGGAAUUUCAGCAAUUAGAACAGGAGCCAGAAUGACUUACAUUGGUGUUGGCACUGCUCCCAUCAAAUGAUCUGGGAAAUGGGGUUGGAAAGAGGAUGAAACUCAACUGUCCAGCAGGAGGAGGAGCAACUGAAGGUCUGAUCACCGGCCAGCUUUCCUAGACCAUGGCCUGUUGAGUUCUAGGCAGUUACUGUUUCAUCAACUGGCUUUUGACAUUCCCAAGAAGGCUCUCCCUUCUUUGGGAAGUAUUGGCAUACUGGAUUCCAUUUCCAAAAAGUCAUCCUCUUUGGGUGCAUGGGGUGUGAGUUUGGUGUGCGUGCACACACAUAUAAGGUGGUUCGCAUAGGUUUUUUAGCCACCUGGAAGUUCCAUCCACUGAACUUUUUUUUUAUUGUUGGAAGUGAGUGAUCAAGCUGUUCGUGCAAUCCAAAGAUGGGGAGAAUACAUAUUGCAGUUCUCACCACUUUAUUCCAUUUGCUCCUGAGAUGUAACAGCACGGUGAACACCUUUCCUAACUAUCUUGAAAAAUGGAUCGAUAGUGGAUUUUCUUUCCCAUCCCACCCACCCCUGCUGAAAAAUGCUUUGACCAAGUCCCCAGCCCACUCUCCCCCCUCCCAACACUACCAGUAGACUUUAGAACCAUAGUUAACCAAGUCUUUUACCUCUGAGAUAUUUAAGUCUAUGAAAAUUGAUGACAAUUUUCAACUUCUAAAUAGGUAACAAAUAGGUAACUCGACUGCAAAACUAAGCAAAACCAAUAACAGAGAAACUGCGGCUCUUACACAAAGCCAUGCAUGCCGUGCUUUUGUAUUGAAAAUGUCUCCAUGAUAUGAAGCCAAAUAUUCCAUGUAACAUACUUACUAUCCAAAGGUGGAAACAAAAGAAUGUAGAGAUCCAGUGUUAAGAGUUCCAUUUGCUUCAAUUAAUUAUUUACCUUCCUGUGGAAUAAUAUAUAUAUAUAUAUGCAUAUAUAUAUUUAAUAGAACCAUAGAUAGACUAGUAGAAUUUAGAUUAUAAAUGUGUGAAUGCAGAUUAUCCUGCUAUUGCACAAGUAUGAGGGGGGAGGGGGGAAAUCUCAAUUCCAGCUGGUAUCAUGCUGGCCAGGACAGGACACAUUUAAAAAAAAAAAAGAAAAAGUUGCACUAGAUUGAAAGGUCACAGAAUCAGAGGACAUGGAAGAAAAGUGAACUCUGGUGACUCUGCAGUUGACAUGGGCUAGAUCUGAUGUGGUUUCUAUGAGCUCAUUUCUCAAAAGAGAAGGGGGCCGAUUGUCCCCGGUAGAGCUCACCUAUCUAUUUGGAAUAUAGGGUGUGUUGUUUUCCCCUCUACAGUGAUUUCAGUGUGGUUUCAUCAUGUUGGAAUUCGAUCACACCAUUUUCAAACAAUGUUAACAUAGUCCAGCUUUUGUUUUUCUCAUCUCUUCUGAGAGGAGACUCACUGUUUCUGUCUGAGGAAGCCCAUGGCCUCGCCAAAACAUCAGGAUAAAUAAAGAGAGAUGUGGGUAUAUGUUCCCAACAGAAGCUGUAUGCUAUUUGUUUUAAAACUCUGAACAGAGAUCUUGGAAAUCUUUCAAAAAGAAAAAAAAAACCAAUACUGAAUUCUUCAUUGGCUGAGAACCACAUUUUAAAAAGUCUUAAAUAGGGCUUUGUUUGCAUUGUUUGAGUUCAAGGGGCCUUAUUAUUGAAUGGAAUUGCACAAGUCUGCUUUUGUGCAAUCAAACCAUUGUUAUUGGUGGUUCUAUAAAGGAAACUGGAAUCUAAUUGGCAUUGGAGUCAUAAAUCUAUUUACUGAGUGUGGCUUCCAAGAAAUGUUGCAAUUCAGAAUGCACAAAGUCCAUGAUUUAUUGGAGAUUCAGAGAUUCCAAAUAAUAUUUUUCAAAAACCUUACCAUAUGAACUUCUGGUCCAGCUUUUGGCAACUCAAUAUUUUUUUCUUCAAAAAAUUUACUUUUAAUUAAAAAAAAAACCCAGCCCAACCAAGUUCUAGAACUAAGUAUUAUUCUAUGAAUGAUUUGAACUUGGAAUAUUUGCCACAGGACUGACUUUAUUUAUUUACUAGCUAGAAGCUCUUUUAAGUUCACUUGUUUAUCAGGGCAUAUACAGAAGGGUUUCUCCAAACUCAAAUGCUGACUGUACAACUUUCUGACCUGGUGCAUGAAUUCUCAAGUACUGUAUUUCACUGUGUUCGUGUGUCUGAUGAACAUUUUAAGGUGAUCCCACAAAAGAAAAAUAUUUUGUGUAGUGUGCCUUCAAAGAGAACCAUUUAUUUCUCUUCACUUGUCCCACAAAGUCACAUUUGGUGGUGGUUGGCCAAGUCCCCUCUGGUCUGGUUUUACUCUUGUCUCAAUUUUAGAGAGAAAUAAGAAUGAUUUUGCCCUGGUGAGACCCACACAUUACAAUCAUGAUCCUGAGCACUUAAACUCCAGUGCUGACUAUUGAUGUAUUUGAUAUUUCUGCUUGUCUCCCCAUGGUUGAAAUAUGUCUGAAGAAUAGCAGCAUAAUCUCUUGGCUGUUUAUACUUUUUUAAACUUGACUGUGUUGUAAAUAUUGUAUACUUUUGGUGAUUCCAGCUAUGUAACCUCUAUGCUCUGUAAGGUGAUGAUUUGUAUAUAGUACCAUGGCCCAGUGAUAUUAUAUAGUUUCCCAAUGGAGAGGUUACUGAGUAACCUUUGCAUUAGUUUAAACACUACCAGAUGAAUGCUGAGCCAACUAUAAACACUCAAUUUUGUAUGUUUUCCAAAUUGUACUUAUUACUGCUUUUGAUACUGUAUUACGUGCCAAUAGUUUCCCAAUCACAUAGCAGGCAAGAGAUAUUUUGUACUUUUUGAUCCACUGUAAUAUUUAAUAAAAAAUGUUACUAUCUGUUU